AUGCAUACACCUUCGAUCAGUAUCACAACCCUAACCAUCUCAAAAAAAUUAAGUAUCACAAAUAUGGCAUUGCCUAAUAAUGAUAUUGGAGAAAAAUAUAGAGAAGCAUUGGCUGCUCAGGCACACAUAUGGAACCAGAUAUUCAACUUCAUCAACUCCAUGUCACUCAAAUGUGCAAUUCAACUUGAAAUUCCAGAUAUCAUCCAUAGCCAUGGCCGACCCAUGACCCUCUCCGAUUUAGUCGAUGCCCUCCCCAUCAACAAUAAUAACGCUAAAGCCCAGGAUUGUGUUUACCGUCUCAUGCGUAUUCUAAUUCAUGCAGGUUUCUUUAUUCAAGAAGAUGAGGGUUAUUUACUUACUCCGACCUCACGUCUCCUUCUCAAAGAUGAGCCUAUGAGUAUGAUCCCUUUAUUGCAAUUACAGCUAGAUCCAAUUAUGAUGAAUCCAUGGCAUUAUCUAAGCAAAUGGUUCCAAAAUGGAGACUCUUCUACUCCUUUUGUGACUGCUCAUGGCAAGCCCUUGUAUGAAUAUGCUGAGAAGGAACCAAAGUUUAGCCGUUUAUUUAAUGAAGCCAUGGCUAGUGAUGCUCAAUUGGUUGCAAGUGUAAUGACUGAACAUUGUAAGGGAGUCUUUGAAGGGUUGAAAUCACUAAUGGACGUUGGAGGUGGCAAUGGAACUCUAGCUAAAGCGUUUGCCGAUGCAUUUCCACAAAUAAAUUUCACUGUCUUCGAUCUACCACAUGUAAUUGAAGAAUGUGAUGAAGGCAUCAAGAACCUAACCUAUGUGGGAGGAGACAUGUUUAAGUCCAUUCCUUCUGCCAAUGCAAUUUUACUGAAGUGGAUAUUACAUAAUUGGAAUGACGAAGAGUGUAUCAAAAUAUUGAAGAAAUGUAAAGAAGCCAUUCCAAGUAAGGAGAAUGGGGGAAAGGUAAUCAUCAUUGACAUGGUACUAAUGGAUCAUAACCCACAUAAAGGAGACCACAAGUCAUAUGAAACUCAACUAUCCAUUGACAUGCUUAUGAUGAUCAUUACUUCUGGAAAACAAAGAAAUCAACAAGAUUGGACAAAACUCUUCUCUAAUGCUGGUUUUAGUAACUACAAAAUUAUUUCUAUACUGGGUUUGAGAUCUAUUAUUGAGGUUUUUCCUUAA